AUGUCAGCCUACUUUUGGUUUGAAGGAAUACCUUUCUCUGCUAUAUUGUCUAAAAGAGAAAUUAUUGAAGGAAGCCGUGACAAGUUUGUGAUCAGAGAUGAAGACACGGUCAUAGUGAGUUAUCCUAAAUCAGGAACUAACUGGCUGAUUGAGACUGUCUGCUUGAUUCAGACCAAGGGAAAUCCCAAAUGGAUCCAAUCUGUGCCUAUCUGGGACCGCUCACCCUGGAUAGAGACUCUAAAGGGAUUUCCAAUAUUAAUCAAUAAGGAAGGACCACUCCUCAUGUCCUCCCACCUCCCUUUCCAUCUUUUCCCCAAGUCUUUCUUCAGAUCCAAGGCCAAGGUGAUCUAUAUCAUCAGAAAUCCCAGAGAUGUUCUUGUGUCUAGGUAUUUUUUCCAACGUAACACAAACCUUAUUGAUAAUCCAGAGUCACUAAGAACUUACUUUGAAUGGUUCCUCAAAGGAAACGUGCCAUUUGGAUCAUGGUUUGAGCACACCCGUGACUGGCUGUCUAUGAGAGGAAAUGACAACUUCCUGUUACUCAGCUAUGAAGACAUGAAAAAGAAUACAAGGGGAACCAUAGAGAAGAUCUGUGACUUCUUAGGAAAGAAAUUGGAGCCAGAUGAGCUAGAUCUGGUCCUCAAGUACAGCUCCUUCCAAGCCAUGAAAGAAAAUAAAAUGUCUAAUUAUAGUCUUGUCCCAGAAGAUAUGAUUACUAAUGGUUUGGUCCUCAUGAGAAAAGGUGUGCCUGGGGACUGGAAGAAUCACUUUACAGUAGCUCAAGCUGAAACCUUUGAUAAAGUAUUCCAGGAGAAAAUGGCUGGUUUUCCGCCAGGGCUGUUUCCAUGGAAAUAA